GCCACUUGUGACUUGGUAUUGUAACCAAAGAUGGUGCCAAAGUAACUACCAUUUUACAGAUAGAAAAUUAUGAAGAAACCAUUUCAUCCCAAUUCUCGAGAUUUUCUUCUACUUUAUGAUGCUGCGAAAUUUUGCUAAGCAACUGAGAAUGUAAACAUUAAGUGUAUUUUAAUGAAGAGAAUGAUAAACAGUACUUUCCACUCAGUGUUUGUUUUUCGUGUCAAAUAGCUGAAUAUAUAUAUAUUAUUAGAUUAAUAUGACCAGUCAAGAUAUUGAUUUUAUCAAAGGAUACACACAACAUGCAGAAAGCAAGGCAGGACAAAAUUUUGAACUCCACUGUGUGUAUCCUACCCUAAACAAGUUAGAAGAGACCAAUGUACUUGUUAAAACUACAAAAGAAGAUCCUAGAAAAUUGAAUAAAGAGUUUAUGUUAGCAGAGGAUGGUUUAUAUAUUCUUGAUAGUCCUUUUAUUUACAGUGAUAUGGACCUAGAACUUGAUCGUAUUCGAGUUUUAGAAUACAAUACCAACAAACAGUUCUCUGGGAAGCUGGUAGAAAUUGUAAUCCGUGAAGUCACUAUCAAUACCUUAAGAGAUCAAUCGGACGCAAUAGAUCUUACAUCCGUCCAUUUGUUAUUCAAGAACAAAACUAUCUGCAAAGCUAAUAAGCCGUUCAACAGAAAAUUGCAUAAAAUAUUGAUUAAAAACUCAGAAUGCCAUAAUUUUUCUAUACAAGUGCAUGCCAAAGGUGGACAAUCCAGUACGUUACCAUUACCAUUGCCCAAACGAAACGUUGAAAACAAUAAAGUUGAAAUAGACUUUGCGAUUGGCGAUAACUUUGGCAGAGUACAUGGUGGAACAGUUACUUGUACAAUUACGCUAAGUAGUUAUGGUGCAAAGGAUCAGAAGUCACACACAACAUACUUAUACAAAUUGAGUAAUGAUCCAAAUGAUCCACAGAAUAGCCUGUCUUUAUUAAGACCAUCUAAACCUAUUUGUAAAAAGCAGGUCAACUAUUUUUUAUUGGAGUAUCCAGCAUUGACUUUUGAAGUCAAUGGAGAAGCUGCUGUGUCUACAAAAGUUAAAGUAGAUGAAGCAAAGUCUCCAGAUAUAGUUGUAAUGGAGCAACCAGCAUUUUCUUUAUUCGAUAUUUCUAUCAUGGAUCUAUUUCAAAUUAAGAGAUCACUGGAACCAUCAUCAAGCACCCGGAGACAUCAAGCAAUGGGAAAAACAAUUUUAACUGUUAAUGUCUUACGUGGAAUAGAAGUACCAAUUAGAGAGGAGUCUGCACUUGUUCAACCAUUUGUGGAAGUCGAAUGGGGCAAUACUGUACAGACUACGGUGAUAGCAGAGGGACCUGCUCCUCUCUGGCAACAGACAAUGCACUUCGAAUUACCAAAGCAGAAUGAUGAAGACUGUAUAAAAUUUCGCUUGUAUGAUCAACACCCUGUCUGGGGUCAGCAAUGGCUUGGAGAAUCCAGAAUUCCUCUGGAACAUUACAAAAAUUAUCAAGAAUUAGAACGAUGGAUCACAUUAUCUCCUCUGUUUAGUCCAUUGUUAUUGUUUGGAUAUGUGCAAGCCAGUCCUGGCCAAUCGUACACUCGUAUUUAUGUCUUAAUUAAAAUGGAAUACCCAAGUAGCAAGUCCAUUGAGAGUACUACCAUGCAGAUGAUACUCAAAGGGAUUCCAAGAUGUCUUGUUACACCAUAUAAAAUCAAUGAUUUUGAAAAUGCAAAAGAUGUUGCAAGAUUGGUGAUGCUUUUGCCAUCAUUGCCAAUACAUUAUGGACCAGUAACUCCACGUCAAGCAUUGAAUAUAAAGAAAGUGGAUCACUAUGGAAGAGCAGCUUUGCUGGGUACAUUGUUGCAAGGAUUAGGUUUGCAGACAUACGUUUUGCUAGGUUCAUCGCAAAUAAGCAAAUGGACAGCAUUCGUUUUAUGUGUCAGUGAGAAUGGAAUCUACACUUUAUGGGACCCAGAAACGGGAAAUUACCAUAAAAUGGACGACAGUCAUUGCCCCUUGAUGAAAGUGUCUCGUUUGAUAAAUCACUGUGGUAUAUGGGAAAAUUUACAAAAGUCGGUACUACCCCACAACAUCAGGUAUGAUGUGAAAUCAAGCAAAGAUUGGCGACCAAUUGAAAUACUGUCAAUGAAGACCGACCAUACAGUACAAGUACUUGAGUUAAGUAUCACAGAGGAGGAAAUGAAACAAUUUAAGAAAAAUGCUGCAGAGAUAGAACAGCAUUUAAAAGAUCAAUUGUCCGAAUGGCGCAGUAUAAUUGGACUAACGACAAUAUUUAAUCGACAUGCAAUGACUGUUAUGAGGAAUUUUAUUUCUAAAAUAAAGCCUUCCUCAGAACCGCAGUUGGACAAGAGGGAUUUAAAACAACUGCACAGAGCUUAUCACAUUCAUGGUUUUGUACUCAACAGACGUGAUACCAGCAAAAGUGAAUUAGCCGAACAAUUGAAUGCAACCAAGAUUCAUAACAUUUCUGGACCAAUUGAGUUUGCUUUGGUGUGCCACAUAGAGCCUUAUGUUGGCAAAAUUUGUUCGAUGUGGCUAGCUCUGAUAGUUCUGAGAAGCCGGGAUUGAUUUUACUUGAUACACUAGUAUAUGUCAGUGUAUUCGUUUAUUAGAUAUUUGUAUACUCCAUUAAAAUGAACGUUACAAUGCA